AUGGGAAGCUUGAGUACAAUUCUGAGACACCCUGAUGAGAUUUAUCCACUCUUAAGGUUGAAACUUGCUAUUAUGAAAGCUCAAAAUCAGAUCCCUCUUGAUGAUCCACACUUGGCUGUCUGUUACUCAUUGCUCCAAAAAGUUUCUAGAAGCUUCUCUCUUGUUAUUCAACAAUUAGGCACCGAGCUUCGCGACGCCGUGUGUGUGUUCUACUUGAUUCUCCGUGCUCUUGAUACUGUUGAGGAUGACACAAGCAUACCAAUCGAGAUCAAGGUGCCUAUUUUGCUAGCUUUCCACCGUCAUAUAUACGAUCGUGACUGGCAUUUUACAUGUGGUACAAAGGAGUACAAGGUUCUAAUGGACCAGUUUCACCAUGUUUCUGCAGCUUUUCUGGAACUUGAAGAAGGGUAUCAAGAAGCUAUUGAAGAUAUAACUAAAAGAAUGGGUGCAGGAAUGGCCAAAUUCAUUUCCAAGGAGGUUGAAACGGUUGAUGAUUAUGAUGAAUACUGCCAUUAUGCUGCUGGACUUGUGGGUUUAGGUUUGUCAAAACUCUUGCUCACUUCAGGAUUAGAAACACUGACUCCAGACUGGCAGCAGAUUUCCAAUUCUACAGGUUUAUUUCUCCAAAAAACAAACAUUAUCAAAGAUUACCUUGAAGACAUUAAUGAGAUACCAAAACCGCGCAUGUUUUGGCCUCGUGAGAUUUGGGGAAAGUAUGUUGACAAGCUCGAGGACUUAAAAAAUGAGGAGAAAUCAACAAAAGCAGUGCAGUGCUUGAAUGAAAUGGUCACUAAUGCAUUGAUUCAUGUUGAAGAUUGUUUGAAAUCUAUGGCUGGAUUGCGUGAUCCUGCAAUAUUUAAGUCUUGUGCCAUCCCUCAGAUUGUGGCGAUGGGAACACUUGCAUUGUGCUAUAACAAUGUACAAGUAUUUAGAGGUGCCGUGAAACUGAGGCGAGGUCUAAUUGCCAAAGUGAUUGAUCGCACAAAGACAAUGGGUGAUGUCUAUGGUGCAUUCUAUGAUUUUUCUUGCAUGCUAAAAACAAAGGUGGACAAGAACGAUCCAAAUGCCAUGAAAACACUUCAACGACUUUGAGAAAGUCUGUUAGAAAAUCUUAUGUUAACGACGAAACACAAUCAAAGGCUCUCUUGUUUUUAAUGCUUGUUCCCCUACUGGCCUUACUAGUUUUAGCGUAUCUAAAACACACACAUAUUAACGCAAGUGACUGACUCUUUAACUUAGUCAACUCGAGAUCCUGAGAACAUGAUGAACAUAAUAUCUUGGUUCCUCCAAGAUUUUAUCAAACUCUCUUUUCUUGUCAGUCCUUUUAGAGGACUUCUUUUGCUCUGAAUGCAUGAGAUUGUAUUUACUCAGUACCUUCUUUUUCUUGUUUUAUCAGAUACAGUUUGAAAAACUUGCCUUUCUUCAUGUAAUCUUUCCCUUGUGUAUGUUAAUGUUAAGUAUGA